CUCGAAACUCGAAACUCGAAACUACCAAAUCAUUGUAGCGAACGGUUCUUUCUUCCGGGGUGGACGGGAAGAUCCAGGCAGAUCCAGGAACCAGGAAGAUCGUCUCCUACGUCUACGUGGACAUAUUGCAAAAGUCGGACACAAUUUUUACGCCUGGGUCGCCUGGGAAUUGGCGUUGCCGCGAUUGACGUCACGCCGCACGCCGCACGCGUCACGCCAAUAAGUACAGGUUAGGAGCUAGCCUGGCCGCUGGCGGGAAAUUUCCAAUUGCACAGUGCACGAUUCUUCAAUCUUAAUUCAUCAUCCUGAUCUUCUAAUCCACUCUUGAUCAAUUUUCUCCGUACGUUGCGUAAAAAUGAACAAUUCCAUCUAUGCCAAGUCCAUCCCGACGAAAGACAGUACGAAUAACGAAUAUUGCUUGACAAGUUAAUUGUGGAUCAAGUUACAUAUAUAUUAUUCGUAGCUUGCGAUUGAUUAAUUUAUUAUCAAUUAAUAAUACAGCUAGCUGUUUUCUUUUCUAUUUUUUUUUAUUUAAAAUUUCGUUAAUGGACGACGUACGUCUUUGUUGGUUAACGUAUGGAACAAAGGCGAUUAAAUUCGAGACGAGAAAUUAUAUACCUAGAAAUUAAUCGGAGUUACCCUACGUGUAAAUUGUAAGCAUUGCAGUAAAUAAUUUAUGUAAUGUAUAUAUGUAUGUGUACUUGAUGGGUGCAGGGUGCAGGCACUGGCACACUGAACUCGAUCGCUUCUCGCGACAGUCUUGAUAUCUCGAUACCUCGACACCUCGAUCGCACUGAUUGCAGUGCACUGCACACUGCCCACACUGCAGGUGCACAGUGUGACACAUGGUGGCACAGUGUCUCGAUCAUCGAUAGACUCCAAACACGAACACGUCGCGCUCAUAGCUAUCAGCUAUCGGCUGCAGUCAGUGCAGUCUGCAUUCUGCAUAUGCAGUGUUCUCGUGACGUCGGUCAUCGCGACUGUAUUAUUCUGUCUUUCGAAAGCGAAAGCGUGUCUCGAAUUAUCGCUCGAGUGUCUCCGUGUCUCGUAAUUCUCGUAAAACUCUCAAAGUUCGUCGCAACGAAACAUCAUGUUACAUGUGUGUAUGUGUUAUACACGCGCAUCCAACAGCAUCGUUCCGUAUGACCGGAAACCGGAAUCGAGAUUAUCGAGUUCGCUGGUUCAGGUUUGGAGGAGCGGGAGGGGGCCCGGAGGGAGUCUCCUUUGGCAUGUUUUACGCUUCUUCUUUUCUUGACGAGAUACGUUGCCAUCAGCAGCCAUAGGGGACGAAUGACAGAAAUUUUUGAAACCUCUCGCGGGCAUAGAGGAAUGAGAGUCGAGAGCUCGAUCGAUUGCGAGAGUAGCUGAAUUUCGACAUUUGUUCGAUUCGAUACCCGGCCCCAGCCGGGCCAGCCGGCUCAUCAGCCGGCUGUCAACAGUGUCAACUUGUCAAGGUGCAAGUGCAAGUGCAAGGUGCGAGAUGGCCGAGACGUCCGAAACUAUGAUGCCUAAAUAUAAUUUUUUAUUAUUAUUUUACGUCUUGUUGGUCGCACCGAUUUCCAUCGCUUUGUUCCUGCACGGUUUCUUUCCCGUCGCUCCGCAUACCGAUGCGAUCGCCUCGCGAUCAGAUGUCCCGGAAUACGUCGGUAAUUUAAGUGUAAAGAGACAUGCGUUAUACAGGCCGAUGAUAACGAAAUUGAUAAUCAUGGUGAUUGACGGGCUAAGAUGGGAUUUCGUCGCGGGUCCAAUGGGACAAGCCGCCAUGCCAUUGACGAGUAAUCUACUGGUAAACUCUACCGGGUGCUUGCUACGAGCUAACGUGCAGUCGCCGACAGUGACAAUGCCUAGAAUAAAAGCAAUGAUGACUGGCACAGUGCCAAACUUUAUAGAUAUAGUACUGAACUUGCGGAGUAAACCUUUGCACAGCGACAGUUUAUUGCUUCAAGCAAACGAGCAUGGACAUAAAUUAGUGUUUUAUGGAGACGACACUUGGCUUUCUCUGUUUCCCCGUGUAUUUGAUCGUCACGAUGGUACUAGUUCAUUUUUCGUUACCGAUUUUACAGAGGUAGAUAAUAAUGUGACUCGACACAUACGAGACGAGUUGAAUUACAACGACUGGACUGUGAUGAUUCUCCACUAUCUUGGACUAGAUCACAUUGGUCACGUUGAAGGCCCAUUUGGCGCUUCAAUUAAAUCCAAACUACAAGAAAUGGACGAAAUUGUCGCUCAAAUAGCCCAACGUGUGCAAGAUUGGAACAACGACAGAGUACCUACGCUUUUCAUCGUCUGCGGCGAUCAUGGGAUGAAGGACUCGGGCGGCCACGGUGGCUCGACGCCGCAAGAGACAACAGUGCCGUUUAUUACGAUAGGAGGAACUCGCUGUCUGCGUCAAGAGGAUGGUGAAUCAAUUGAAAUCGAGCAACUCGAUAUUGCAGCGACGUUGUCUACCGCUCUCGGAUUACCUAUUCCUUCUACAAAUCUCGGCUCCGUGUUUCUGGACAGCAUCUACGAUCUCGACAACGCUAAACGGCUCUUCCUCUUUUAUUACAACUCGAAGCAGGUGUUUAACCGUUUCCGGAAGCUCGCGCACCGUGAGUCGCAAAUUGAGCAUGUAUACCGAAAGUAUUUGGACGCUGUAAAUCUGCACGCCGCUUGGUUGAACGCGAGUGAGACACAGAGGGGGAUAGUCGAGAUGAUCGUCUUGUCUUAUAAGGCGAUCCUUAAAGAGAUGAAGGAUGCUCUAAUCAGCAGCAUAAUCAAGUACGACUUUCGUCCGAUGGCCGUUGCCGUGUUUUUUCUGUGUCAAAUACUUUUCAUCUUGUUUUUCGUGCAAACCGCUGUUUGGACUACGUAUAAAAAGACCGCAUCAUUUUUCUUGGUGCGAUUUUCCUUGUGUCUAGGAAUGUAUUAUUUUUACAAUUCUGAAGAUACGGCCUCUUUCUACCCGACGAGUAUAUUUAAUGCUUUGUUGUUCUUCGUAGUCAUCGGCAUUUUAUAUAUUAACUGUGAUCUUUGUAUAAACAGCGACUUUACUUUGACGGAGUUCACGAAGGGACCAAAGAUACGCAGAGUGUUCCAAGUCGGCGCGUUGUUGCACAUGGCGAGCCUCGCCGGCAGCAGUUUUAUUGAGGAGGAGCAUCAGACAUGGUAUUUCUUCUGGACUAGUACUAUCGCAUACUUUCUCUACCGUUAUUUCACAAGAUUACUCGCGUACCAUCGAUACGAUCUUACGAGCGUUAAGGUGCGAACAGGGGUGGUGGGUCCAACGUGCAACGAUACUAGGCGUCACAUAGAACUUUGUGCUAAGCUAUUGUUGCUACUAAUAGGGCACAGAGUUCUGCGAAAGCUAAACAGUACUGGCGACAAGUGGGCCCAUUUGCCUGACAUAGCUCGCUGGUUGAAGGAAGACGACAACAAAGUCGGAACGACGUUCCUGCUUCUAGCUGCACUCUGUUUUCUAAUCUGGAUCGCGUACGAAUGCGAGGAUAAAGAAUACAAACGGCAAUCGUUGAUCCUUAAUAUGGUUAUCGCGGCUUGUAUAUAUUUUCGUCACAUGUCCAAUGGUGCCGUCGUGACAAUUCCAUUGUAUCCCUCGUCAAGUGAUGGCAUACACGAAGUACGUAUGUUUUGGGGGAUAAUAACGCUGUCUCUGCUAAUCUAUGGCUAUCGCGCGACAUUAAUAAUUAAGCGCGAUAAACGGCGUUUCACGAGCAUGAUGCUGUUUUUCAUCGUGACGACGUGGGUGGCGAUCUCGGCGAUGCUGCACCAACCGUACAACGUGAUCCUAUUGCCGAUGCAGAUCAUCACAAGCUCGACCCUCGACUCUGCAUUAAGAGAAGACAAUUUGCUCGAUCUCGGAAUCCUCGUACAUUAUUGGCUAGGCAAUGUAUUUUAUUUCUAUCAGGGAAAUUCCAAUAGCCUUGCAAGUAUAGACGUCGCAGCGGGAUAUGUCGGUCUGCGUUCCUAUAUGCCUCUCGUCACUGGUGUAUAUUUAAUCGUCAAUACUUAUUCCGCACCUGUCCUGGCUUAUUUCCUACUCAUUUACUAUCGACAGCUAUAUCCGACAAACCGUACGGACGUUGUCGCGCGCACGAGCAGGUCUUACAUCGCGUGGAGGCUGCUGACGAUAACUAUCUACAUGAUCGUUGUUAUCAAUCAACGUUAUCAUCUGUUCGUGUGGUCGGUGUUCUCACCGAAAUUGCUGUACGAGGCAACGUAUUCCGCGACGAUGUGCUCUAGCGUGCUCGUAGCGUUGAUAGUGUUUGUUGUACAAUCCGCAGCGGUUUCUAAUUACGCAAAUCGUGCAAAGAUUAAGGAUCACGCAACGCCGCAAGAACCGGUACAAGAAACGGACACAUGCAUUUAUUAACGUUUCGAAAAAUUAGACUUGAUGUAAAUAAAUCUGAUUUAUAUAGCUUACUCUUGUAGUCUAGUUUAAAAUAUAAUUAAAUCCAUAGUUAAUAGCGCUUAGACUCGGAAGAAAAAGACUGACAAAAGUAAUUUCGAUCAGUUGCUAAGCUUUGUACAGUAUUAAAUACAACUAAUGGAUGUAAACGCUUAUUAGUAAAAAUGAAUUCAUCAUA